UUUAUAUAUUUCCCCAUCUCAUAAUUCUGAACAUAUAUUGUCCACAAAAACAACAAAGACCACCCAACCUCUCAGCUUUGGAGCUAAAAAUUAUGACCAAGCUGCUAAGGCUCUUUCUAUGGGUUCUCACAUUACUUCAAUUGUCCCAACUUGCCAUUUCGCGACAGAAACAGAAAGUGCCAACUCCACCUUUACCUAUACUUCCUCUUCCUUCAUAUUCCCAAUUGAAAUGGCAACAAAGGGAGCUCAUAAUGUUCCUUCAUUUCGGAAUCAAUACAUUCACGGACUCCGAAUGGGGCACCGGCCAUGAAAGUCCGGCUAUAUUUAAUCCGGUCGGUCUUAACGCGAAUCAAUGGGUUGAUGUGGCCACUCAGGCAGGAUUCGAUCUCAUGAUCCUAACCGCGAAACACCAUGACGGAUUUUGCUUGUGGCCUUCUAAGUACACAGAUCAUUCUGUUAUCAGUAGUCCUUGGAAAAAUGGCCAUGGAGAUGUUGUGCAAGAAUUAGUCAAUGCAGCUAAGGCUGUUGGUGGUGUUGAUGUUGGAUUGUACCUCUCUCCAUGGGAUCGGCAUGAUCGGAGAUAUGCUCACGAUUUGGAGUACAAUGAAUACUACUUGGCUCAACUUCAAGAACUACUUGAAAGAUAUGGAAGCGUUAGAGAAAUAUGGUUUGAUGGGGCAAAGGGUUCAAAUGCACCAAACAUGUCAUACUAUUUCAGCGAUUGGUUCUCAAUGGUGAAGGAAUUGCAGAGCUCCAUAAAUAUAUUCUCCGACGCCGGCCCGGAUGUGAGAUGGGUGGGGAAUGAGAAGGGUUUCGCAGGAAAUACUUCCUGGUCCACCAUCAAUGGGACUUCACUGUCUAUUGGAAAUGCAAGCAUUGAGGAUUAUCUCAACACCGGGGAUCCGAAAGGGACAGAUUGGGUGCCGGCAGAAUGUGAUGUGUCCAUCCGGGAUGGAUGGUUUUGGCACAAAUCAGAAUCACCAAAGAGACUAAGCCAGUUACUUGAGAUUUAUUACAAUUCAGUGGGAAGGAAUUGUGUGAUGUUACUCAAUGUGCCACCCAACUCCACCGGCCUUAUAUCGGAACCAGAUGUUCAGAGAUUGAAGGAAUUUAGAAGUGCAAUCACCACAACAUUUUCAACCAAUUUGGCUGAGAAUUGCUACAUUAAAGCUAGUAGCCAACGAGGAGGCAAAGAUGGUGGGUUUGGACCAGAAAAUGUACUAGAUAAUGACCAUUUGUGGACAUACUGGGCUCCUAGUGAUGAUGACAAUGAUCAUGAGCAGUGGAUAGAAAUUAGAGGGACAAAUGGAGGGUUGAGAUUUAAUGUGAUUAGAAUUCAAGAAGCUAUUGGACUUGGUCAGAGGAUCAAAGAGCAUAAAAUUUAUGUGGAUGGUAAAAAAGUUGCCGAUGGAACCACAGUUGGGUACAAGAGGCUUCACAGGCUUGAAAAAGGACUUGUUCAUGGUCAGAUUGUCAGGAUUCAAAUUGUGAAAUCCAAGGGGCUGCCAUUGAUCUCUUCAAUUGGUCUGCAUUUUGACCCAUUUUGGCACCCAAAGGGCAGCAGAGAUCAGAGUUCAUUAUUAUCUUAACAGUAUGGAAAACUCUAUGCCUAUUGCUGCCUGCAUUAUGAAAUAAUUUGUACUUACUUUUACAUUUGUGAAUUGCGAUGAAAUGAA